AUGAACCUGUUUGGGGAGUUCCUCUGUCUGCUCUUGAGUUCGUGUAAAGUCCCGCUGCACUCGGAGGAAACUCAGGACCUCACACAGGAGGAGGUAGUGAUCCGGACCCCGGAGAUCACGCAGAGAGAACAUCACGCCACAGAUGAAGAGAAGCUGGCCUCCACCGCGGUGAGGAGCACCAGCGAGGGAGGGCAUCUGGAGCACGAGGGGAGGACCAAAGAGGAAGGUUCUGGGAGCCCAGCGCAGAAGGACGGCGCCCCCUGCUGGACCAAACAGGACCUGGACGAGGUCUCCAUCUCGGAGAAGAUCCUGGUCCAAAGUCCUGGUUUAGAUCCUCAGACCGGACUUCCUCUGAGCGAGAUGGACAAGGCCGCAGUACUCACUCUGAUCAGGGAGGAAAUCAUCACCAAAGAGUUGGAGGUGGAGGAGUGGAAGAGGAGGUACGAGGAGAGCAGAGCUGAGGUCCUGGAGAUGAGGAAAAUCGUGGCUGAAUAUGAGAAAACUGUGGCUCAGAUGAUCGAUGAUGACCGUCAGCAGAAGACGCUCUCCUCCUCUGCGUCGUUCCGUCAGCUGACCCUGGAGCGGGACCAGGCCCUGUCGGACUUGGCGUCGGUGGAACGUUCCUUCUCGGAGCUUUUCAGACGAUACGAGAACAUGAAGGGCGUCCUGGAGGGCUUCAAGAAGAACGAGGAGGUUCUGAAGCGUUGUGCUCAGGAGUAUCUGCAGAGGAUCAAACAGGAGGAGCACAGAUACCAGACGCUCAAAGCCCACGCCGAGGAGAAACUGGACAAGGCCAAUCAGGAGAUCUGUCAGGUUCGUUCUAAAGCUGCAGCAGAAUCUGUGGCUCUGGGGGCGAGUCUCAGGAAAGAACAAAUGAAAACAGAAUCACUGGAAAGACAAGUCACACAGAAGAAUCAGGAGAUCGAGGAGCUGACAAAGAUCUGCGACGAGCUCAUCUCCAAACUGGGACCAGCCUGAAAACAACAAAUAUAUUUAAAUAUAAAUAUAAAUAUAAAUAUACACAUGUGCCAAACAGAAGAGCCAGAUGCCCUCCCGCACCCCCCUGACCCCCCUGACCCCCUGACCCCCUGACCCCCUGACCCCUGACCCCCGACCCCUGACCCCCGACCCCCCUCCUGUUUCUCUGAUUUGCCAAAACGGAGCAAAGCACAAGUUUAUAUCUCCAAGAAGUCGCCUCCAACAAACGCACAACUACACACAACUACACACAACUAUACACACAACUACACACAACUAUACACACAACUACACACAACUAUACACACAACUACACACACAACUAUACACAACUACACACAUUUUACACACACAACUACACACAUUUACACACACAACUAUACACACAACUACACACAACUACACACAACUAUACACAACUACACACACACACAACUACACACAACUACACACAACUACACACAACUACACACAACUACACACACAACUACACACAACUGCAUCAGUCGUUUGUGUUUCAGAAAGUUCCAUUUGUGUUUUAGUUUUGUAGAUUUUACAGAUUCUUUUACAGGUCAAAGUUUGUUAUUUUAUAAAAUCUGAAUCCAAAUCAAAUUCAUUCAGAUUUGUCCUCAGCCUCAGGUCGUUUCUCUUCACCAGUUUUGUGGAAUUUUGAAUAAUUUGAUUAAAAAAACAAUCACACAAAACACAAAGAUUUGGUUUAAUUUUCUGCUGUUUUGAGGCUGAUUCACAUUUUGACUCAUCGACACAAAAUAAAAAUGUGAAUAUUAAAAAAAAAAAAACAUGAAUCUUCUUCACAAACACAAACUGGAGUAAAUCUGUUUAAUGAAGAACAAGAUCAAAAAACCAACUGGAAAAUAAUUCACUAAAUUUUACCUAAAUUAUUUACUUCUGUCUAAAGGAAACUGAAACAUUUUUCACCUUUGGCCAACGUGAAGCAGAAAACCUCAAAUAAACUCUGAUCUAAAAACACUUUUACUAAAAAAAAAACAAACAAAUCAAAACAGAAAAACUCUUCAUCCUGAACAAAAUCAAAUUGAAUAUUUCAUGAACCUGUUUGUUCUGUUGGGAACAUUUCAUAUUUACAAAUCUAAAUUCUAAAAUUUCAGACUCAGAUUUAAAAAUUUUGACAUUACGACCUCUGGUCAUGAGUCUGGGUAGUGACCGAAAGGACGAGAUCGCGGAUACAAGCGUCGAAAUGAGUUUCCUCCGCAGGGCGUCUGGGUGUCUCCCUUAGAGACAGAGUGAGGAGCUCAGUCACACGGGAGGAGCUCGGAGUAGAGCCGCUGCUCCUCCACGUCGAGAGGAGCCAGUUGAGGCUCGGGCAUCUGUUCUGAUGCCUCCUGGGCGCCUCCCUCGGGAGGUGUUCAUGUCCCACCGGGAGGAGGAGACCCAGGACACACUGGAGGGACCAUGUCUCUGGACUGGACUGGGAACACCUCAGGUCCCACUGGAGGAGCUGGAGGAAGUGUCUGGGGUGAAGGAAGUCUGGGAGUCUCUGCUCAGGCUGCUGCCCCGAGACCCGACCCCGGAUAAACGGAUGAAAAUGGAUGGAUGGACAUUACGAAUUCUCUUCAAUCUAAAAACAAUCAAUAUCACAGAAGAAUUUUGAUUUAAUCUUUAACCUCGUCCUCAGUUUCUUGUGUUGAUUUAAUUUUGAAUGUUUCAUUUAUUUAUGCAUUUUUUAUUUAUGCAUUUAUUUUGGGCAAGGAAAGAUUUACAUUUAUAUACAAUGGAACAUAAAACAUCAGUGAAAUUAUAAUAGAAAUGAAAAUAACACAACGUUUUUUUUACUAUUAUUAUUAUUAUUAUUAUUAUUUUGCCCAAAAAGGAGCAGGAAGAAGAAAACUUCUUUAAUCCCAAACCUCAUGAAUUAAUGUUUAAUUUUACACGUUUGUCCAGUUUGUUUUGGCUUAAAGUUAAAAAAUAAGAAUAAAUUAAAAAGUCUGAAGAACCAGAAUCACACAAACGGAACUUUCUGCAGCACAAACGAAACACACAAAAAAACACAAACGAAACACACAAAAAACACAAACGAAACACACAAAAAAACACAAACGAAACACACAAAAAAACACAAACGAAACACACAAAAAAACACAAACGAAACACACAAAAAAACACAAACGAAACACACAAAAAAACACAAACGAAACACAAAAAAACCCACAAAAAAAACACAAACGAAACAAACAAAACACAAAUGAAACACA